AUGCCAUCGCUCCUCUCCUGCUUUGGCGGGAGCACCGAGUCCUCCAAGCCAUCCCCUUCGGUCCAGACACCUCUGCUACCCACACAGCAGCAACCACAGCAGCAUGGCCACGCGGGCACCCGGCCCGUCGACAAGUCCGUCGAUGCGAGCCGCUGCGUCUUUUGCGCCAUCACCCCCGAUCGCUUCAACAUCGUCCUCGAGGACGACGACUACAUCUGCUUCACCGAUCGCUCGCCCGCAGCGCAGCACCACCUUCUCGUCGUGCCGCGCAUCCACAUUGCCAACGUCAAGAGCCUCACGGCGCAGCACGUUGGAAUGGUCCGAGAGAUGCAGGCGCUGGGUGCAAAGGCGCUCCAGGUCGUCUCGCCCGAUGCCAAGGCCGAAAGGCGCUUCGGCUUCCAUAUCCCUCCAUUUACCAGCGUCGAUCACCUGCACCUGCACGCCCUCGAGCUGCCCUUCCGCUCGUCGUUGCGCUCUCUCAAGUACCGCAUCGCCGCCCCGCCAUCGAGCGGCUACCACAAGGGAUGGUCCUGGUUCGCCGAAUAUACCCAGGCGUGUGGCAUCCUCGCCGACGGAGGCAGGGUGUCGGUCGGCAGAUGCUGA